GAACGUUUUAAGUGAUAGACAAAGCCACAAAGCAACUUUAUAAACGUAUAUAUAUAUAUAUAGUUUUUAUAGUAUAGCAGCUGAAGAACAUACAAUAUGGAAAGUAUCUGGCAGGAGUGUCUGUCAUUCUUAAAGACUCUACUAUGUUUCAUUGUGGCACUUAUGCUGUUGCCACUGCUGCUGCUUUCGUUUGUGUGUGCGCAUUUUACCAACGAGCUGGCGAAUUAUCUGCUAAGCAUCAAGUAUCCCAAUUUAACCAUUUGCAAAUCCAAGAAGAUACGCACCUUGAUUGAUACCCCUAAGAACGCGGGCAUCUUUCACUUUCUGCUACAGGUGGAGGGUGUCUGUGACUAUGAAAGAAUUAAGCGCACCUACGCUUUGCAGUUGACUGAGCUUAAGGACAAGAUGGGCAUGAUCAAGUUUCCGAAAUUGAGGCAAAAGCUGGUCACCUGCUGGGGCCACUAUGCCUGGGUCAAUGAUAGCAGUGGCUUCAAUAUCAACAAUCAUGUGAUACUCAGCACGCACAGAUAUCGCGGACGUCCUGUCAACGAGUCGAACAUUCAGGAUUAUGUCAGCGAAUUGGCUGCCAAGUAUAUACCCUCGGAUUUGCCCCAGUGGCAGGUGACCGUCAUACCCAAUGCGGAUCCGGCACAGCCCUAUUAUAUACUGAUCAAAGUGCAUCAUUUGAUCAUUGCCGAGGAGGACGAUUUGCACGUGAGCGAAAUGCUGCUGCUGCAGGACAACGAACGUAAAUCGUUUGUUGGCCUCCAGGAUGGCUUGACCAGAGCGACGAAUACCAAACAGCUCUCGCACUUUGUGCGUCAGCCGGAGCAUAUUAGCAAGCUGCUGAAUCAUGUGCAGCAUUUGAUUAGCUGUCGCUGGCAGCAGUUUAUCUAUGAAUUUGAAUCCCUCGAUACGCCCGAUGGCGUCAAGGCCCAUCCGGAUGCACGGAACCUCAGUCAGCUGCUUUCGCUGCUACUCAUCGUAUUGGUUAAUGUGGCUUUGGGAUAUUGGCGCACCCGGACAAUGCGCCGCAAAUGGCAGCGACGCUCGACUGGCUAUCGCAAUGAUUUGGGUACAUUGCAGACGCUUUAUGUUUUAUUCCAGCAUGAGCUGGAGCAGCGUAAUCUUAGCUGGGCUGUGGCUCGCUCUGCCUUGCUUUACAGUCUGCAACCGGUACAUAUAGUGAAGACCUGGUCGCGCUUUCUCUGGCAACAGUUGCUGCAUCAUUUCCUCCUGCUGCCCUAUCACAUCUACUGUGAGUUAUUGGCUCUGCGUGAUGUGCUGCUCCGUGGUCAGACCCCGUACAGCAGCACCUAUUGCGCUCGCCUGUACUUGUAUGUGCCUUUGCUGCUUUAUGCCCAACUGGAGCUCUGCAAGAUUUGCUAUGAGCUGUUCAAGGCACCCAGAAAUAUCUAUGAUGUUCUCUUUGUGCAGCCCACCAAGGAGUUGAAUAUCCUACACAAGAAAUCUUAUGCAGGACGCAAAAUUGUUUCCUUUAGUCGAUCGAUAGAUGGCGCUUUGCUACGCGAACGUCAUCAGCAUUUGUUUGGCCAAGAGCUGCGUGAGUCCGACUUCAGCUUAGCGUGCUUGGCAGGCGCUGUUUACGACUACUUCAAUACCUUCUCCGACAGAGCAGCAGUGCCUGCUCUUCUGAACACAACUUGUCGCACUAUAUCUAAAGGCUACUUCACUGAUCGCAGUGCAGAUAAAUCGGAGCACAUUGGAGGCGUUGUCUUUUUGCAGCUGCCUUUGGGCUCGCCGGAUGCACUUAAAGCUCAUCAGCUGCACGAAAUUGUGGAGCGCAUACGCAAACAGCAGAUAAUGUUAUAUUUGGCUUCUAUUGGACAGACCAAGUAUAGUCUGCUCACGGCGCUGCUGCCUCAUGUACUAACCAAGAUCUUUAUUAAUUUUUUCUCAUAUAACUUUCCCGUUACCAUCACGGAGAUCUAUGGCACAGCGGACACACAAUUCCAGGCUGCAUGGGGGCAACGCGUGCAGGAUGUCUUACUGUUUCGACCGCCACAAUCAAAAACUUGUUUAUCCUUAAAUCUGCAUCGAUUUGGCGACAAGUACAGGCUAGCGAUUAUGGCUGAUACGCAUCUGGCACCGGAUCACACGCUACUCACACAAUCCUUUGAGCGUUACAUGGAAACUGUGACAUUAUAAUA